UUUAUAACUGGAAUGAAACGGCAGUAGGACACCUCGUGUGUGUUUACGUGUUCAUGUUUAUUUGUUUUUAGGGAGCUGGACAGAAGUUCACCAUGAUUGUAGUUAUUAAUAAUAUGGAUGAGUUCAAAGCAGCCCUGAAAAAUGCAGGGGACAAAUUAGUGGUAGUGGACUUCACAGCGACAUGGUGUGGCCCCUGCCAAAUGAUUGGCCCGAUUUUUAAAUCUCUGUCUGAAAACCCAGAGUACAAGAAUGUGGUCUUUCUGAAGGUGGAUGUAGAUGAGGCAGAUGAUGUAUCCAGCUCCUGUGGAAUCACCUGCAUGCCAACAUUCCAUUUCUACAAGAAUGAGAAACAGGUUCAUAAGUUUUCUGGGGCCAGAAAAGAGGAUCUGGAAGAUGGCCUCAAUAAAUAUAAAUGAACACCACACGUGUGCACGCUCUCUCUACAAGGGUUUUUAACUCUCUCUUGUAGGAAGAGACCCAAAGCUUAUAAUUCCAUACAUCUCGUACAAUUUUUUUUUUUUUUUUAUAUGAAUUCAAUAAAAGUGACUUAAAAUGAGUAACACCCA